UAACGGAAAAGGAUGAAUUUUCACUUUGUUUAUUUCAGUGGUUCUUUUAGACCCUUCGAUUCCUUUUUAAUGGUCUUUAAAAACCCUCCUUCUCCACUCUCACCCGUACAUUUUUCUGUUCGUGCUCAUCUUUCGCUCACAAAAGCUUAUAAAAUGAGAAAAUUUUCGUUUAAUCUUCUUCGUCAUAUUUUCUUGAUUUUGAUCUUGUCAUCAUGCAUAAUCACUCAUGCACAAUCGGAUCUUGAAACCCUUUUGAAACUGAAAUCGUCCACGGUCGGAGUUAACGAGUCGGUUCUUGAUGACUGGGUUGCAACGCCGUCGUCUUCUCCUUCAGUGCACUGCACAUUUUCCGGCGUGACUUGCAACGAAGAUUUCAGGGUGAUAUCUCUCAAUGUCACCAACGUCCCGCUUUUGGGGACCCUGCCACCGGAGAUUGGGCUGCUGAGUGAACUUGUUAAUCUCACUCUAUAUGGUAACAAUAUCACUGGAUCCAUUCCAGUGGAAGUUUCUAGAUUAAUGAACUUGAAGUACAUGAAUAUCUCAUGGAACCUCUUCAGUGGGACGUUUCCAGGAGAACUUGUUCUUAAAAUGACGGAGCUCGAAGUUUUGGACGUGUACAACAAUAAUUUCAGUGGAAAUCUCCCAGUGGAGUUGGUCAAGUUGAAGAACCUGAAAUUUCUUAAUCUCGGGGGGAAUUAUUUUUCCGGGGAAAUUCCUGAAAUUUACUCCGAGUUCGAAAGCUUGACGGUGUUGGCGUUACAAGGCAACAGCUUGGGAGGAAAAAUUCCAGCCUCCCUGGCUAACAUUCCGAACCUUCAGGAGCUUUCUUUGGGGUACUUUAAUCGUUAUGAAGGUGGCGUUCCGCCGGAGUUUGGCUCCAUUGCCACUCUCCGAUUACUUGAUCUUGGAAACUGUAAUCUCACUGGUGAAGUUCCGGCGACUCUUGGGAAUCUCAAGCAAUUGCAUACUUUGUUUCUUCAGUUAAACAACCUUACUGGCCAUAUUCCCCCGGCGCUUUCGGGGUUGGUCAGUCUGAUGUCACUGGACCUUUCCAUUAAUCUUCUUACUGGCGAGAUACCAGAAAGUUUUGCUGAAUUGAAGAACUUGACUCUGCUUAAUUUGUUUCAGAACAAAUUGCAGGGUCCUCUUCCGGUGUUCAUUGGGGACCUGCCUAAUCUUGAAGUUUUACAGAUAUGGAAUAACAAUUUCACUCUGGGACUGCCGAAAAAUCUUGGCCGGAACGAGAGGUUAAUGCUGCUGGAUGUUACGCAGAAUCGCCUAACUGGAACUAUCCCAAAGGACUUGUGUAAAGGAGGAAGGCUGAAGACGUUAAUUUUAAUGGAUAAUUAUUUCUAUGGUCCGAUUCCUGAUGAGUUGGGUGAGUGCAAGUCCUUGACUCGGAUCAGAAUAAAGAAGAAUUACUUAAACGGAACAAUUCCGGCGGGAUUUUUCAAUUUGCCGCGGUUGGAUAUGCUUGAGCUAAAUGAUAAUUUCUUCACUGGAAAGCUGCCGGAGGAGAUUUCGGCGAUUACUCUCGGAAGUCUUGCUCUGUCGAAUAAUUGGAUUACGGGGAGAAUUCCUCCUGCAAUUGGGAAUCUGAUGAAUCUUGAGAAUUUGUUCCUUGACUCGAACAAGUUCUCUGGCGAAAUCCCGGAAGAAAUUUUCAGUCUUAAAAAACUUUCGGAGUUGAAUUUCAGUGGCAACGGCUUGACAGGCAAAAUUCCAGCUUCCAUUUCUCGUUGUUCCCACUUGACUUUCAUUGAUCUAAGUCGAAACAAUUUAGACUCUGUGAUUCCUAAGGAGAUUUCUGAACUGCAGAAUUUGAAUGUUCUCAACCUGUCCAGGAAUGAACUUACUGGCGUAAUUCCAGGUUCAAUUGGACUAAUGAAAAGUCUAACAAUUUUAGAUCUUUCUUACAAUGAUUUUUCAGGCAGAAGACCGACAAACGGGCUGUUUAGAGAUCUCGAUGAUCUGUUUUUGGCCGGAAAUCCUAAUCUAUGUGCACUUCAGAGUACAUUUUGUUCCACUGCUCCGAGUUCAUUACAAGACUCGCAUAAAAGGCGUUCGAGGGAAUCAAAUGUCUUGAUCGUUGUAAUCAUAGUAGUCUUUGUUUUAUUACUAAUGGCUGUUACCUUUAUCACAAUUAGAAAGAGAAAGCUCAAGAAGUCAAGAUCCUGGAAACUCACAGCAUUCCAGAGGCUAGAGUUCAAAGUGGGCGACGUAAUUGAAUGCAUACAAGACGAGAACAUAAUCGGGAAAGGUGGAGCUGGGAUUGUCUACAGAGGGUCCAUGCCAAAUGGCUUUGACAUUGCGAUAAAACGAUUAACAUGCCGUGGGAGUAGUCGAACUGAUCAUGGAUUUAUGGCUGAAAUUCAGACAUUAGGGAGAAUCAGGCACCGGAACAUAGUAAGGCUUCUGGGGUAUGUGUCUAACAACGAGAAUAAUAUAUUGCUUUAUGAAUACAUGUCCCAUGGAAGCUUAGGUGAGAUGCUGCAUAGUGCCAAAGGAGGUCAUUUACAGUGGGAAUCGCGGUACAGGAUUGCAGUAGGAUCAGCAAAGGGGUUAUGUUAUUUGCACCAUGAUUGUUCUCCUUCGAUUAUUCACCGAGACGUGAAAUCGAAUAAUAUUCUACUCGACUCAGAUUAUGAAGCUCAUGUGGCCGAUUUCGGACUGGCAAAGUUCUUGCAUGACUCUGGUGCAUCCGAAUGCAUGUCCUCAAUUGCUGGCUCCUAUGGCUACAUUGCACCAGAAUAUGCCUACACGCUCAAAGUGGACCAGAAGAGUGAUGUCUACAGUUUUGGGGUGGUGAUGUUAGAACUGAUCACUGGACGAAAGCCGGUGGGGGAGUUUGGGGAUGGUGUCGACAUAGUGAGGUGGGUGAGGAAAACAAUAUCAGAGCUCUCUCAACCUUCAGAUGCUGCCUCGGUACUAGCAGUAGUGGAUUCUAGGCUCGUCGGCUAUCCUCUAAUCAGUGUGAUAAACUUGUUCAAGAUUGCAAAGCUGUGUGUGGAGGAUGAGAGCGUGGCCAGGCCAACGAUGAGGGAAGUUGUUCACAUGCUUACUAAUCCUCCACAAUCUGCCCCAAACCUGCUUAGUCUAUGAAAUGGCUUUGAAGAAUCUGGAAAUUUGGGUGAAAGAUUAGUGUGUAAUGUAGUGUAAUAACUUCUUGGCUUGGCCUGUCAACUUGGAAGGGCCUAAAAUGGAGAAGGAAAAUGUAUUUUGUUGUUGCUGUAGGAGUAAUGUUUGUUUGCUAAGGAUCAAGAGUUCAAUUUGGCAAAACACUGGAUAAGCCAAAUUGAAAACUUCAUUUCAAGCUAUAUGUUGGCAUAUUUUACAUGUACUUCAAUGCUUUUUAGUGGACUAACAAGUGAAAUCGCACUUUAGUAAUAAGAUACUCAAUCCUUGUGAAUUUGAUAUUCUAUUCAUCAUUAUAUUUA